UCUUCUUCCUCUUCUGCUUCUCCUUCUCCUUUGGCUGUUCUCGUUUUCUGUUUCGUCGCCGCCUGCGUUUUGCUCGGAUUUGCGAUCCGGAGAGGGGCGGCCCGUCCGCUCAUCUUCGUCGGCGCGAGUUCCGAGCGGGAUUGGUCGUCGGAGGAGUUUUGGUUUUUGCUAUAUAUCAGCGAGGGAGCUCGAUUUGGGAAAUGGGGUUCUUCAGUACCAUACUGGGGUUCUGCGGGUUCGGGGUUGGAGUUUCUCUCGGUCUCGUGGUCGGGUACUACCUCUUCAUAUACUUCCAGCCCGACGAUGUUAAGGAUCCCAUCAUCCGUCCUCUGGUCGAGCAAGAUACAGAAAGUCUGCAGCGAUUGCUUCCUGAGAUACCCCUUUGGGUGAAGAGUCCUGAUUAUGACCGGGUUGAUUGGCUGAACACAUUUUUGCGAUAUAUGUGGCCUUAUCUCGACAAGGCAAUCUGCAAGACUGCAAAGAAUAUUGCAAAACCUAUAAUAGAAGAACAAAUUCCCAAGUACAAGAUUGACUCUGUUGAAUUUGAAAAACUCACAUUAGGGACACUACCACCAACUUUUCAAGGUAUGAAAGUUUAUGUCACUGAUGAGAAGGAGCUGAUUAUGGAACCAUCCUUGAAAUGGGCUGGAAAUCCUGAUAUCACUGUUGCUGCUAAAGCAUUUGGCUUGAAGGCAACUGUUCAGGUAGUUGAUUUGCAAGUAUUUGCUUCACCACGAAUUACUCUGAAGCCCUUGGUUCCCAGCUUUCCUUGUUUUGCCAAUAUAUUCGUGUCUCUCAUGGAAAAGCCACACGUUGAUUUUGGGCUGAAGCUCGUUGGUGCUGAUCUCAUGUCAAUACCCGGUCUUUAUAGAUUUGUUCAGGAGCUCAUAAAAGAUCAGGUUGCGAGCAUGUAUCUUUGGCCCAAGACACUUGAAAUACCGAUACUGGACUUAACAAAGGCGAUGAAGAGGCCUGUAGGAAUUCUGCAUGUGAAGGUUGUGAAGGCAAUUAAGCUGAAGAAGAAAGAUUUGCUGGGUGCAUCAGAUCCUUAUGUGAAAUUGAAGCUUACGGAGGAUAAGCUUCCUUCAAAGAAAACCACUGUGAAGCAUAGGAACUUGAACCCUGAGUGGAAUCAGGAAUUCAAUCUUGUUGUUAAAGAUCCAGAGUCACAGGCCUUGGAACUUAAUGUAUAUGAUUGGGAGCAGGUAGGCAAACAUGAAAAAAUGGGUAUGUACGUAAUUCCACUGAAGGAAUUACCCCCUGACGAGCCAAAAGAGAUGACUCUUAACCUCCUCAAAACAAUGGAUCCUAAUGAUCCUAUAAAUGAUAAAUCACGAGGGCAGCUUGUGGUGGAGCUUACAUAUAAGCCUUUCAAAGAAGAGGAGAUACCUGUGGGUUUUGACGAAUCAAACACGGUUCAGAAUGCCCCUGAAGGAACUCCAGCUGGUGGAGGUCUGCUUGCUGUUAUAGUUCAUGAAGCGCAAGAUGUUGAAGGAAAGCAUCACACCAAUCCAUAUGCGCGGAUACUUUUCAGAGGAGAGGAUAGAAAAACUAAGCCCGUGAAGAAGAACAGAGAUCCAAGGUGGGAGGAGGAGUUCCAUUUCACACUGGAUGAACCUCCUACCAAUGAGAAGAUGCAUAUUGAAGUUCUCAGCGCCUCGUCAAGGAUAGGUCUGCUACAUCCUAAGGAAUCGCUGGGCUAUGUCGACAUAAGCCUUGCUGAUGUUGUGAGCAACAAAAGAAUCAAUGAGAAGUACCAUCUUAUUGACUCGAAAAAUGGGCGGAUCCAAAUAGAGAUGCAAUGGAGGACUUCCUGAGUUGCUGUUCGUUUUCUGUUCUCGAUAUGCUUUGGCUUCAGAAUCACAAUGAAAGAAAAAACGAUUUCAGUCACCAUAGAAACCGUACAGAAUUGUUUGUUUGUUAUACACAUCAAAGAAAUAAAAUCUGCAAACAACAUGCAACCUUUGAUUUUGCUUGCCCGGCAUUCUUUUCUCCAAUGUAAAUUAGCUAUCCGUACCAGGUGGGCUUUUCUAGCCGGCGAAACGCAGAUUAUGCUGUGGCGUUCUCUGCUGUUACCUGGGGGAAAGAAAUAGGAGAAAGUUGUUAUGGCGAU